UGAGGGGGCGCCAAGGAGCCAGGGGGAAAAUCGUAAGGCGCUGGCGAGAGCCUGCAAGCGGUGCUACCCCCCACUUCCCACCCUCCGGCGCCCCGCCCCGAGGUAGGGGCUUUGGAGUAUGCAGCCGGGAAAAUCAUUAACUUUGGGGCCUCAUCCAGAGUAGCAACGUCUACAUGGGCAUUCCCUCCUCCUACAGUUUCAGAAAAUCUUUGAUAACUAAUUGAGAAAAUGCAGAAGAUCUUGCAGACAGAUGAAAUUACCAAUAUCCAAGCUUUUAGAAAAGGAAAGAGGAAAAGGACAGAGACAAUGGACUCAGAAAAUCCAAAUAGUGACAUGGAAAAAGGACAGAGAGAUCCAUAUUCGGGAAAUGCCUUUCUGCCUGGGGAGAGCUCCAGUGAGGAUGAAGCGCCCUUAGCAGAAUUAUCAAAGGAGGAAUUAUGUGCCAAGAUAAAAAACCUGAAAGAAAAACUAACAAACACCCGGAAAGAAAACAGCCGGCUUCGACAGUCUUUGGUCAUGCUACAAGUGUUACCACAAGCAGUCACCCAGUUUGAAGAAUUGGUUAGCAUGGCGGAAACCUUGCUUAAGGGUGGAGGGACCAUGUCCACAUCUGCAUCCACUCUCUGGAGAGCAACAAAUAAUUCCUCACCAGAUUCAUUUGCCUCAACAGGCAGUAAUUCCAAUUCUAAUUCUAGUUCACCAGUUUCCUUGAAAGCUGAGGAGGAGCAUCAUCCUGAAGAGAAGCAGUUCAAGAUUGAAAAAUGGCAGAUUGCCCGUUGUAAUAAGAGCAAGCCUCAGAAGUUUAUUAAUGAUUUAAUGCAAGUACUUUACACAAACGAAUACAUGGCCACACAUAGCCUGACAGGGGCAAAAUCCUCUACUUCAAGGGACAAAGCCGUAAAACCAGCUAUGAAUCAGAAUGAAGUUCAAGAAAUCAUAGGAGUAACAAAACAGUUAUUUCCCAAUACGGAUGAUGUUUCAAUUAGGAGAAUGAUAGGGCAAAAACUAAACAACUGUACCAAGAAGCCAAGUUUAAGCAAAAAUCUUAACUCUCAGGAUAUUAAGUAGAUCUUUUGGUAUGACAGGUAUCUGAAGCAAAGCACCUUCAGUUUUAAGACUAACAUUGGACUAGAGAAUUUGCAACCUCCCUGGCAGUGAGCAUAGAGAGAUAUGUGCAGUGACAGGCUAUAAGUCAUCUGUAACAUCGCUGGACUCUCCUGAUGGAGUAAGAAGCUUGCUGAAGAAGCUGCAUGUCAAUUCCACCCUGAAUACCAGUGAUGCAUCAAACCAGAGAAAUUCUACCAGUCAAAUAAGCAUGCAGUAUGGUUUCUUUGGAAAUAUGCAUUUCCCUAUUCCCAAAUACUUCUCUGUACAGCUGAGCAGGAUAGUCAGAGCUCUUACAUUAGCAACAAAACUUCAAUCCCUCAGAUCAGUCAUUGUCCUAACAAAACAUUGUAUAUUUAUAAUUACCAGUGACUCUCCAUUAUAGGUUUUGGAUCUUUAGCAUAAGCACAUGUUUGGAAAAGUAAACAGAAAUCAUCAACGUUCACAAAGAGGAGAAUGGCAAAGUGAGCCUGCACUCUAGUAGCCUGUCAAACCAAGUAAUAAUGUUUCAGAAAUAAUAUUAUUCUGUUAUCUAAAAAUGCAUAAAAAAGGAAUCUGGGGAAAACAAGAACAGCCAAACCUUUUUAACAGUAAACUAUUCUACCACACUCCUGAAAAACAAAUGAGCCCAAGAUUUUAUGUGUGUGUGUGUAUGUGUGUGUGUGUCAAAACAGUGUAUCAAUCUCCAAUAUAAUCUUUGAGUUUGCUUAGCUGAUAUGCUUCUUUUUAUUGUCCAAAAUAAGCUAAGUACAGAUGUCUAAAACAUCCAUACCACCUAAAACAUCCUAUAUAAGAUAUAACAUCAUAUGUGUUUGAUUCGUUAUAUUGCUACACUGCUUCGUUUUAACUGGUUUGUUUUCAUGGUAGCAAAGGAAAAAUUAAUUGAAAAACAUCAAUAUGGGUUUGAUAAUCACACAAAAAAGACAAGUGCCAUUCUGUAAAAAAUCAACAAAAGACAACGUUCUUCAAGAGGCUUCUCACUUGAUGUCAGGUUGUCACAGAUGACCACUCUGCAAGGUACAGCUGUGCUUCUUCAGUGUACACAGUCAUGUUUAAACUUGGAAAAGAGGAUGCUACAAUAGUUACAAAGUUCUGUAUCAUGGACCCAGGGAACAUUCCAUAAAUGUUGCUUGAUAACCAUGUGGUUGUACAAAAUAAAGUUCUUAAGAAAAUGACUUACAUAACAUUUGCUACUUUUAAUUAAACAUAAAUAAAUCCUAUUGAAAAGAGAAA